GAGUGAAUUUCGUACAGUUUGCACGAUAAAUUUAUCGUCAAAUUCCAAUAGUUGAACCGAUUCGAUUAUACCGAAUUGAAAUUUUUUUCUUCACAAUUCACAACUUUUCCAAGGCAUAUUCAAAAACUAAAUGUUAAACAAUAACCGAAACGCUUUUCAUUUAUUCGAAUCAAAUUAGAAAGAUUUUGAAAGUUGAAAAAAAAAAUCAAAUUAAAUUCUACUACAGGGUUUAUAUUUGAAGUAAGGCCAACUUCAUGCAUAUUUGUUGAAAUUGUGGAAGGAAUUUUUAUUUGACAUUUUAAUGCACAAAAAUAGUAGUACAAGUAUUGCGUGGAUAGUAUUUCGAUUGGUCGCCAUUUUUUUCAACCUGAAAAGUGCGACGUCUUUUUAAUUACACAAAUAUUCUUUUUAUUUUUUCAUUUACCUCUGUGUGAUUUGGCAAUUCUACAAUCGUCCGAAUAUCGGGAAGCUGAUUUGAAUCGAAAGCUUUACCGAUACCAUUCGAAAAAAAGCGAACAUUUGCAAACGCAUCUUUCUCCUCUUUCACUCGUACAAAAUCGUUCAAUUUUCGUUUCAUACGAGCCAAUAACAAAGUGAUAGAUUCAUUUUGUUUUUAGUCAGUGUGUUUAGUGAAAAAUCAUGGCCAAUUAAAGAUGAAUUUUUACACUGAGAACGUUUUAUUAACUCCAUGUGGAGGAAACAUCCACUUCCAAACCAACAACAACAAUAACAAUCAAUUUAAGCGAAUCAACUUCAGCCAAUUGGCAUCUAGUUCUAAGGCAGUCAAUCAUCCAAAUGGAAAAGAAACCAAAUUCACGUACGAACCAGGUACCUGCAAAGGUACUCAGCUCUGAUUCGCGAAAAUCAAACCAAGAUGCAACUGGAAAACAGCAGACACGUUCACGUCGCCGCGAAUUUUCCAGUAGUUUUUCACAAGCCCAAAAAUCUGAUCGUUCAACAUAUAACGGCAACUUUAAUCAACACAGACAACAACAACAACAAUAUCAAAUUUUCACGCCAAAGUCGCGUGGUAAUGGUGACGCAAGAUCACGGAUUGGUGGCGGUGGCGGCAGCGGCAAUAGUAACAGCCGCAGUGGCAACGAUGUCUAUCCAAGGACUGCAUCGUCUUCGAGCACCGGAUUAAGUCAUUUUGAAGAUGAUUGCACUGAGGCAAUCAAUAAUGACUUCGAAUUUGAAUUGAACUCUGUUUAUUUGCCGGGCAGCAAAAAACAGAAUUUAAAUCAUUUGCUUAAUUUCAACUACGCACCACGUGAUCGUACCGAUCCGUCAACCUACCAGCGUUCGGGUAAUAAUGCCAAGUGUGCAUACGUCAAACGAAUCAAAUACAAUAAGGAACAAUUUUUGCAAGCAAAUUGCCAGUUUGUCGUAAAGUCGAAGGGCGAUUAUACGCCUCAUAGAAUUUCGCCAGAUCUUCUCGUAGAGUGGUCCAACAUUGAACAAAUCAAUCUUUUCGGCAGCAGUGAGGAACCGCAGUGUCCGAUUUGUUUAUAUCAUCCAGUCGCUGCCAAAAUGACACGGUGUGGUCAUGUAUACUGCUGGCCAUGCAUUUUACAUUAUUUGGCGUUAUCCGAUAAGAAGUCAUGGAGAAAGUGCCCCAUUUGUUAUGAAGCCGUGCACAUUGGAGAUUUGCGGAGUGCCAUUUCCAAGCCACAUCGCAAUUAUAAUUGCAGCGAAGAGGUUACAUUUCAUUUGAUGUGCCGCAGCAAAAACUCACUUCAAGUGCACAAGGCUGAUACAACUUCGAAACAAAUGGCAACUGCACACUUUCCACGUCUCUCUGAUCAUCCCGAUGAAUUGAAGCAUAGCAAACUCGUAUUGGCCGUGCCGCAAGAAAUUCUGUCAAUCAUUCAGCGUGAGCGUCGUGAACUUGAAUGCCAAUUAGUCUCGGAUGGCUUUGAUUGCCCGGACUCCAUCUUUGUUCAACAAGCACUGACACUAUUAGAUGAGCGUGAAAAAGAGAUUCGCACCCAACUUGGCAACGAUCACACCAAUGAAUGCAAUAACAGUCAGUUGGCCGAACCAAUGGCUAAUGGUUUGAAUGAAGCUAUCGAUAAACUCAUGCUCAAUGCUGACGCAAAAGAGUUUAUUCCAUUUGAUCAUGCCGAUGACAAACAAAGUUCACCAUCAUCUGAUGAUAUGGGUGAUUUUAUAAUCGAUGCCGAUGGCGACUUAACUUUGAACGAUAUCGCCAUUGUGCCUGCGAAUACGGUAUCAAAUGAAAACUGGUUCUAUUUCUAUCAGUCAAGUGAUGGUCAACACUUGUAUUUGCAUUCGAUCAAUGUUCGCAUGCUACAGGCGAUGUUUGGAUGCUUGGAACAUGCCCCAAAAUCGAUAACAGGUCGCAUUUUGCAGAAAGAAUCGUGCUCAAUGACCGAAGAAUUACGCAAACGCUUGAAAUACUUGCAACAUUUGCCAGUCACAUGCCAAUUUGAUGUGGUUGAGAUUGAGCUUGAUUGUCCGGCGAUCAUCUCAGAAGAAAUUCGAGCAAAAUUCAAGGAUGAAUUGACACAACGGCACAAAAAUCGCCAGAGACGUGCACGCGAGGAGCGUAAACGUGAAAGGUACAUUGAUCGUGAGAAUGAACGGCGCAUCGGGAAAAUUAUCCAUACAGCCGUUAACAUUGAUGUCACUUCAGUGCAACAAUUUCCAACGUGUGGCAGUUUUGUUGACACCAUUUUCCCACCGCAUAGUCCUCCGCAAACGUUAGUUAACGAAGCUGAAACUUUGGUCGGUCUAAAUGCUACUACCAAUAAUCCGGGACCGUCAUUUGCAAAGAUGUUAACAUCUCCACUUGGUGCAGCAAACAAAUCUGAAAAUUGGCCAACAUUAGGCCGACCAAAGGAGCCACAACAAUUUGCACAAGCCAAUUCAACCCAACUCCGAUCGAACAACGGUUUUUCAAGUGAUCGAGAGAAGCUUACCGGUGCUAGCAUUGAACACUCCGACGAGGACAGUGUUGAUUUUGCUAUUGACGACCUUGAAACGACAUAUGCUCGGCCUGAAUUCAAUGAAAGUUUUGGUUUGGCCAUUGCCGAAGCGCUCAACAAGGCGGCUCAUUCGAAAAGCCCACGCAAACAACAACAACAGCAGCAGCAGCAGCAGCAGCAGCAACAGCAACAACAACAACAACAACAAAUGGAGUCACCCUAUGGCCGCUUCAAUGGCGCUGGCAGAAAGAAGAAAAAUACCAAAAAAACGAUUCUAUUUUCCACUGGAAAUUUUGUUAAAUGAAAACCUAAUUUCAUAUGCUUUCAUUAUUCUGUUACAAAAUUAUUAUCAACUAUUUUGUUUCUAAAUCAAAAUUCAGCAAUCAAUGGAUUUGUUAGAGAAAGGCCAAUUUAUGAAAUAACUAACGUGAAGGCAAGCGCCACACUUUUUGUCGCCCAAAGUCAAAUCAAUUAUGGAAUUGAUGACGAUUUUAAAGCGGCAAAAAAGUAUGAUUGUGUUGAUGAGUUUGUUUGGUUAUGAUUUUUAAUACAUUAGAAAUUUGGUUUGAAAAACAGAAAAACUUAAUAAGAACGAAAAAAAAAAAAAUCCACAAUUAAUCUGAUGAAAUUUAUGUUAUAUUAUUUUGGAACAAAUUUCGGAAAUUUGCUGAUUACAAAUUUUCGCUCUAAUAAUUAACAACAACAAGAAUGAAUAGAAAAUAAAUGCAUUCAAAUAUUUUUGUUUGACAAUAUGAAUAACUGAAAUUAGGUCAAAAUUUGUAAAGAAAAAAUGUUCAGAUUAUGCCCCUUAGAGAAAAAAAUAUGAUGCGAAUUUCAGAUAACAGGCUUGAUAAUAAA